CAUACAUAAAGUGAUACGUUUUGUCGGGUCUUACUGCGCACAUUAUAUGACGCGAGUGCACUGUCAUGUGCUCAGUACUCGCUUGGACUCGAGAGUAGUAACAUCGGCUGUGUUUCUUCUUGGGAAUAAAAAGAAGAAUGGCUUCCAUGUUUUUGGCGCUUGCAGCAGCGGUGCUAGCCCUGCUGUUUGUCCACCUGAUAAGCAAAUACACUCUCUGGAAGAGAAAAGGGAUUCCGACAGCCAAAGGAUUCGUACCGAUACUGGGUCACUUUUUGCCGAUAGUAACUUUCAGAAAGAGUAUAUCGGAAUUGUAUCGCAAGGUGUACGAAGAGACUAAAAAUCGUAGUAUGAUUGGAUUGUACAAUAUAACAGCACCGGUACUGUUGAUUCGCGAACCCCAGUUAGUAAAGACCGUCAUGCAGACCAACUUUUCAAACUUCCACGAGAACGGGUUAAAAAUUCAGCGCGACGCGGAUCCUCUGUUAGCCAAGAACCCGUUCUUCAAUUACGGUGAGGAAUGGUCGGUCGGGAGAAAACGCUUGACCUACGCGUUUUCCAGCAUGAGAUUGAAAAUCCUUCUCGAGACUGUCAAGGGAGUUUGCAAGAAAUUGGAGGACUAUGUGGAUAAACACCUGAGUUCGAGCAACAAGUACGAAGUCGAAUUGAAGUCUUUGUUUGCAAAAUACACCGGUGAAGUCAUAGCGAAUGCUGGUUUAGGUAUCGAGGGUUUCUCAUUCGAGGAUAAACCGCACCCAGGGUCUUUCUACGAACUGGGCAAGGUGCUCUUCGAACCAGAUUUAAAGCACGGUAUUUUGAACGCAAUUAUAUUCUUCGUGCCAAAGGUCAACGACAUUCUGAAGAUUCCUUUCGUACCGACGAAGGUAGAUAAAUUCAUACGACACAUCGUCAAGGAAAAUCUAGAGGUCAGACGAAACUCGACAAUACCUAGGAAUGACUUUCUGCAACUGAUGAUCGAUCUUGAAAAAUCAGGAGAGCAAGUGGACGAAGAAGAGCUCGCAGCUUACGCGUUAUCCUUCUACCUUGACGGCUACGAAACGUCUAGCAUCACCCUCAGUUUCGUCGGAUACCAAUUGGCCACUCAUCCAGACGUUCAAGAGAAGUUGAGGAAUGAAAUUACAUCCACGAUUGCCAAACACGGCGGUACCUUAACGUUUGAUGCUCUCAAGGACAUGACGUACAUGGAUCAAGUGAUCAGCGAGUCGCAGAGACUGUAUCCCGCCGUAGGCAUAAUGACAAAACGCUGCACGGAAGAAUUUGAGCUUGAAGGAUCGGAUGGACUAUCCUGUCGAGUCGAUCCUGGAACAGAGAUCAUCGUACCUAUUCACGGCCUGCAUCUGGAUCCUAAAUACUGGACCGACCCGGAAGUAUUCGAUCCGGAACGAUUCGACCACGACAGGAAGAAUAACAUAGAAAAAAUGACAUUCAUUCCUUUUGGGGAGGGUCCAAGAAUGUGUGUCGGUAUGAGAAUGGCACUGUUGCAGAUGAAGGCUUGUUUGGCAACUACGGUUAAAAGGUACAAGUUCGAACUGUCGUCAAAAACGCAACUUCCUUUGAAAGUAUCGCCGUUAUACUUCUUGACUGCGCCAGUCGGAGGCUUGUGGGUGCACAUAUCGAAACUUUGAGACUUCUAUACGAGCAUGAGUACGGUACAGUGUGAACGAUGCGCCAAUGAAUCGACAAACUGUUAUAUAAUCUUAAUCUACCGAAAAGAAAUAACAUAGAAAGUGUUAAAUAAUAUCUUAUUUUGUACCAUACGUAUCUUAGUGCGAGCAACGUUGUAUUUGUAACAAAUACAAGAGUAAUUGUUUGAAAUAAUCAUUGGAAGCUUCUGUUUCCAGCAACACUAUUUAAAAUAACCAAAAUAUUGGGUUUGUUAAAUAAAUGAUUUUUUAACCACGGUUUUCAUUUA